AUGUCACAUAAAAUUAAUGUAUCAGUAGCAUCAUUACAACCAAGCAACUUUGAGGGAUGGGCAACUAAACAAGGAGGAUCAUGGAAGUCAUGGAAAAGAAGAUGGUUUGUAAUUAAAGAUAGAAAAAUGUGGUAUUUUGCUGGAAAGAAUGACACUGAAGCAAAGGGAUGGAUUGAUUUAACACCAGGAACUGAAGUAAAAGAUUUAACUCAACCAGGACAAAAGAAAAAAUUUUCUUUUUCAAUUAAUUCUAGAGGAGUUAAAGGUGAACGUGAGUUCUUAAUUUUUGUUGAAUCAGAAACAGAUUUAAAAGGAUUUCUUAAAGCAAUUAAUCAAGUUCUUUCAGGUGAUAAAAAAAAUAACACUUCAAAUUCUAUUCCAACACAACCUACAUAUGCACCACCUCCUAAUGUUUCAUCUAUUUCAGAACCUAUGGCACCACCACCUAUGACACAAUCAUAUGUUGCACCAGUAAAUGAACCAACAACUACUCAACAACCAUAUGUUCCACCAGUACCUCAACAACAAUCUAUUUCUUCACAAACAACAGGUAAUUCUUCAUCAAAUUGGGCAUUAAAUAUUCCAGGAAAUAUACCAAACAAAAUUGGAACACAAUCAAUUGAUAUAGCAAAAGAAAUGUUUAAAUGGUUAAUGUCAAAUAAUCCAGAAGGAGUUCUUGAUUUUCUUGGUAUUUGGAAAGAUUCAUUACCAACUAACACUGAUAUGGAAGCUGGAGAAGUUGCUAAAUUAACAUUAUGUGUUUCUGCUGACACAAAUAAAUUAAGUUGGAGAGUUGAUGGACCACAAGGAGCAUUGAUUCAAAAAAUGGUAGAUUUCUUUUGGAAUGUAGGAGCUCCAGAGGUUGAAAUUGACAGAUUAAAUGAUUUAGGAGCAGAAAUCAAUCCAUUUUUCAUUGGCUCAUGGAUUGAUAUGAGUCAACAAGGAGGAAUGGAUGGUGGAUGGUUUUUCCCAGUUGAUACAGAAUUAUCUAUUGGUAAAAAUGCAGGAGAUAAAGGUAAUGGAAAUAGUGCAUUGGAUGUAUUAGUUCAAUGGGCUGAACAACAUGGAAUGAAUUCUAUUAUUUCUGUUGGAAGAGAUAUGGGAGCUACACCACCUAGACAAACAGACUUUAAAUUUAAAGUAGUUGGACCAAAUCAAGUUAAAUUAACAGUAAUUAAAGAAGCAUGUUCAACAUUUGGAUUUCCACCUAUUUCUAAUACAUUAGAAGAAGUUAUUUGUAAUUUAGGAAACUCAGUCUCAGAAAUCACAUUAUCUAUUAUUACCUCUACUGAUGGAUUUGUUAAACUUGGUGUUAUUAUUCCACAACCAACUGCUGAAAUUAUUUCUAAACUUGUUGAAAGUGUUCCUGGUCAUGAAAUUUCUAUACACCAAUCUAUGUUAAAUUCAUUUGGACAACCAAUAGCUGUUGAAUAUUCAUUUUUGAAUAAAGGAUUUGGAUUUGAAGUAUACCGAGAAGGAGUUGAUGUUCAUAUCUAUUACAAUUUGGGAGCUAUUACUACUAAUUGA